AUGUCUAUAAUCAAGACCGUCUUCCAGUUGGGCUCAAAGCCCUCUUUCUUUGAGAGCAUCACCAUUCGCCCCAGUGGCACUCUCAUCGUAACACGCCAAGAUACCAACAAGAUAUGGGAAAUUGACCCCAUCUCUGGGACUGGCGAAUGCCUCGCCACCGUCCCAGAUGUUGCCUCAGUUACUGGUAUAGCCCAAGUUCUGCCCGACGUGUACGCUUUUGGAGCCGGGACGUAUCGUCUGGAAAAUCAUCAAGGCACAGUCCCGGGCUCGUAUAGCGUUUGGGUUGUCGAUCUCAGAGGCACAGCACCAGACGUGCGGUUGGUGGUCAAGAUGCUCGAGGUCGGACAGCUCAAUGGACUUGCGGCAUGGGAUGCAGAGGCUGUCCUCGCGGCAGACUCGUACCAUGGACGAAUCUACCAUGUCGACCUCAUCACUGGAAGUUACAUCGUUGCUUUUGACAACGAUACCUUGAAGGACCCGCCCAAUGCACCCGUGAGAAUGGGUGUCAAUGGAAUCAAGGUCCGACAAGUGAUGGAAUCCACCCUAGCCGAUGACGUUAAGUCCGCUGGCCCAGUCGAGAUCCUGGCUAUUGGUUACAUCCCUCAUACCAUUGCGGCCGGGACCAUGUUCGAUGGGCAUUCAUCGGCGGCCAUCCCCGAGGACGUGGAGAGGACAAUCACAAGCCCACUUCCACCGUCGACAGUCGGGCUGGUCCCAGAUGAUUUCGGCAUUGCCAAUGAUGGGACUGUUUAUAUGACAACGCACCCGACAAACAUGGUGAUUCGAAUUCCACGCAACGGCGGCGAGGGUGUUGUAAUUGCAGGGGGCUUUGCGUCCUGGGAUGUCGCAUCGGCUACAGCCUGUGCUCUUGGGGUCACUGAUGCGGAUCAGAAUAUACUCUAUGUCACUACAGCGGGAGGUAACGUGGUACCUAUCAAUGGGCAGACAGAAGGUGCGAAGGUCGUGGGUAUCAGAGUGGGAGCGGACUAG